AUGUGGAGCUUAAAAUUGUCAUCAACAUUACAAUCACUAAUUAUUUUCUUAUUAGUACAAAUAAACUAUGCAGAUAUUGAAGUUGAAAGUAUAUUAAGCUUACAGGCUGAUAUUAAUGCCCCAAUAUCAUCUGGUGGGGAUCUAUCUCCUGAUACAUCUUAUGAUGUAUAUAGGAGGGUUUGGGGUGUCUCUGAACAAGAAAUAUCUGUUAUGCGAAGUCAAUCUAUGGAUUUUUUUAAAAAUAUUACUGAUAUUGAUAUUCUUAAUCUUCCAUCUUGUUCCCCAGCUGGAGAUUUAUUAACAAAUAUGCCAACAUUUAAAGUUCCAACACUGUUUGGUGAUCUUUUGGGAACCUUUUCUACUCCUUUAUGUACAACACGUUCUCUUGAUGGUGUAAUAUAUAUUUAUGACCCAGCUCAACAAAGAAAUAUUGCUUCUUUCUUUCAUGUAAGGAAUCCAGAUAUUGUUGGUUAUAAAGUUGUUCAAUCUCUUAAUCCACCACAUGAUGCUAGGGAAGAUCCCCUUCCAAUGUUUGAUACAGCUUUUACCCUUAAUAUCUUGGAAAAUGGCUAUUUCCCUUGUUCAAAAUUUUCACAAGGUUGUGUAAAGGGUGAUCGUCUAUUGUAUGGAUGGUAUACUAUUUUCAAUUUGUACAAGAAUCGUGAAUGGGGUAUUAUCAGCUAUCAAAGUAGAGGCCCACAAAACAUACUUGGACAUUUGACACCAUUAGCAUUUGACUUAAAUUCAUCUCAAUGGGGUCAAGGAUUAGCUAAUGGUUAUGUGAGUAGAACAUAUCAAAGUAACGAUGAUGUACAACCAUGCUUCGAGAGUACUUGCCCAUACAGAUUACCAAAAUUAUUGGAUACAAUUGAAGUAUCAUUUAGGAACAUAUUGACAUUUACUAAGUGA